AUGGAUGCUGGCAAUCCUACGGUACAGGCGCGAGGAGGUGGGUAUGAGAUGACACCCGAGCAGAUCGCUGCAGCCAUCCAAGCCAGUAGCGACAAUGAGAGGUUGUCCGACUAUCUCUACAUCAUCUGUGGUGCUGUCUCUGCAGCAGUCAUUCUCUGGAAAAUAUUCGACGUCACGUCGAAAUGGGUUCGCACCGUGGUCUGUGUCAACGAUGACCAUCAACGGUACUUUACCCAGCCUCGCCCAAAGGCCGCCUUUAUCAAGGAAAACAUCCUCUACGCACCGAUCUUCCGCAAGCGACACAACCGAGAGAUCCAACUCAGCAGCGCCAUCAACGUGGGCACGCUCCCCAGCAGAUUCCAGCUCCUCUUCCUCGUCGCCUACUUUGCCACCAACGUGGUCUUCUGCUGCAUCGACCUCAACUUCUCCUUGACCUACGAAGAAGUAGCUCGUCUGCUGAGAAACCGUACAGGCGUGCUGUCGGUUGUGAACAUGAUCCCGCUGUUUCUCCUGGCUGGCAGGAACAACCCUCUCAUCACGCUUCUCGGCAUCUCCUUUGACACCUACAACCUGAUUCACCGAUGGAUGGGGCGAAUCGUCAUCUUGGAGGCUGUGGCCCACACGCUCGCCCAUCUCGCCAAGGGUGGAUGGGGCGACGCUGUACCCGGCAUCUUCGCCAGCCCCUUUCUCCUCUGGGGGUUCAUCGCCACCAUCGCCUUUGUCUUUCUCGGCAUCCAGGCAUGGAGUCCGAUUCGCCACGCCUUCUACGAAGUCUUCAAGAUCCUCCACAUCGCCGUCGCCGCCCUCUCCCUCGUCGGACUCUGGUAUCACAUCAAGCUCGGCGAGCUUGAUCAGAUGCGCUACCUCUACGCCGUCAUGGGCCUCUGGGUGGCCGACCGCGGCGCCCGCGUGCUCCGCCUCGUGUACAACAACAUCGGCCUGCGCCAGCGAACGAGAACGGUACUCGAGGCCUUGCCCGGCGACACGGUCCGAGUCACAAUGACCCUGGCCCGCCCAUGGCGCGCACGCCCAGGCCAGCACGCCUACCUGUACUUCCCCACUAUGAGCUUGUGGCAGUCCCACCCCUUCUCCGUUUCCUGGGUGGACGACACCGACGACGUGACCUCGGACAGGCUUGCCAGCAACCACCAGGACCGGGCGGCGAUGCGGAAGAUGCAGGUGGCUUUUGUCAUCAGGGCGCGCACAGGGUUCACCAACACGUUGUACCAGAAGGUCGCCAAGGCGCCUGGCGGCCGGAUGGACGCCAUGUGCUUCGUGGAGGGCCCCUACGGCGUGUGCCAGCCGCUUGACUCGUACGGCACCGUCGUGCUGUUCGCGGGCGGUGUCGGCAUCACGCACCAGGUUCCCUACAUCAAGGAGCUGAUCCAGGGCUACGCGCAGGGCAAGGUCGCCACGCGCAAGAUCACCCUCGUGUGGACGAUCCCCAGCCCGGAGCACCUGGAGUGGAUCCGCCCCUGGAUGACAUCGAUCCUGUCCAUGGACAAGCGCCGGGACAUUCUGCGCGUGUCCAUCUUUGUGACCAACCCCCGGUCGACCAAGGAGAUUCACAGCCCGUCGUCGACCGUGCAAAUGUUCCCGGGCCGCCCCAACAUCGAGACCCUCCUGUCGCGCGAGCAGGAGCAGCAGGUGGGCUCGUGCUGCGUCACGGUCUGCGGGCCCGGCGCCCUCGCGGACGAAGUCAGGCGGGUGGUGAGGAGCAAGCAAAGCCGCAGCAGCAUGGAUUUCAUCGAGGAGGCCUUCUCCUGGUAG